AUGGAUCUCGCUCAGAAAUUCGAAAAUGGCAGCGCCGGAGAGGCUAUCAAAUGCAUUGACAUGCAUACUACAGGAGAACCUACGCGUAUCAUCUACUCGGGGUUUCCCCGUCUCCAAGGCACUCUUUUGGAGCAGCGUGACCAAGCAAUGAACCAAUAUGAUCACAUCCGGAAACGCAUCAUGUUGGAGCCACGAGGCCACUAUGAUAUGUACGGUGCCAUCCUUACUCCUGAGACCGAGCUUGUUCAGCAGGGACAAGCACAUAUUGGAACUCUGUUCACACACAAUGGAGGCUUUUCUACCAUGUGUGGCCAUGCCACGAUCGCGCUGGGAAGGUUCUUGGUCGACACGCAUGACUUGACCGUGUUUCCUAAACGGAAUGAACUCGAAUUCAACCCGACAACGUGCGAAUUAGCAGUUAACAUCCACGCUCCAUGUGGAUUGGUCCGUGUGACAGUUCCAACCACCGCGAACGGCCAGGAAUCUGAUCCAUCUCGCCCAGUAUCAUUCCUCUCUACGCCUGCAUUCGCUGCAGGAAUUGACCUCGAAAUCCCGAUUCCAAAGGAGGUUCGGUGGCCUGAAUUGGGCGACCGGGAAUCUAUCAAGCUCGAUAUCUCCUAUGGAGGAGCAUACUACGCCCUAGUAGACGUUCAUGAGCUUGGCUUUUCAAGCCUUAAACAAUUCGAUCUGGGUGCUAUCUCGAACGCGGCAAGCAAGCUCAAGGCCUACCUAAUGACCCAUCCAGCCGUUAGCUCAGCCUUGCAACAUCCGGAAGACAGUCGACUGUCGUUCCUCUACUCUGUCAUGGUCGUUGAUCGAGAUGUCGGGUCAAGGCCUGAGAGAGUCGAAGGCACCGAGACGGGUCUCUGUUUCUUUGCAGACGAUGAGAUUGAUCGAUCCCCAACGGGAUCUUGCGUGACGGCGCGUAUGGCAUUGGCUCAUGCGAAGAAGCAGAGGUCCGUUGGCCAGAAGUGGGCUUACAAUUCGAUUGUCUCGAACCGCUUUGGCACUGGGGCCUUUGUUGCUUCCAUUGUGGAUGAUAAUGUGAGCGUGGGCGGCAGUAAAGAGGCGGUCACAGUUCGUGUCGAAGGCAAGGCAUACUAUACCGGAACGUCCAACUUCAUUCUCGAGGAAGGUGAUCUCACCAGUACAAGUGGGUUUACCCUGAAGGAAUGCGCACAAUAG